CAAAAAGCGAAGACCCGAAGACCACUGUUUCUUGCCAUUGCAGCUUCUUCUUCUUCUUCUUCCUCUUCUCUUUGAUCACCAUCUCUUUCCUUUUCCCUCAAAAUUCGCUGUGGCUUUUGGGCUAGAUCAGAUUCGAUCAGAUUCCGGCGUGUGAAGGCAGUCCUACUUCUCCUCCACUUGUCCUUCAUCCAAUUGCCCAAAGUCAAAGUGGUCUCCCCCCACCGCCCCAGGGUUUCAUUACUACUGUGGACUGACAUCUCCAGUUAUAAAUUGCUUAUGAACUGAACUGAGGCUGAGAGCCUGUGCUUUUUUUGGGACUUUGGAAAUGUUGGAGGCCGGCCAGAAGUUUCCUGGGAUUAUUGGUCUGAAGAACCAUGACAACAAUUUCUAUGAUUCGUCCCAAGCCUUUUAUCACAAACUCAGCGAGGGUUCCAACAUGUCCAUAGAGAGUUUUGGAAGCCUCCAAACAAGCAAUGGUGGAGGGUCUGUUGCGAUGUCCAUAGAUAACAGCAGUGUCGACUCUAGUGAUUCCCAUACUCGCAUUCUGAAUCACCAAGGCCUGCGACGGCGUGCCAAUGACAACUAUUCUGUUGCCCAGAGUGUGAAUCACAGAGGAAGAGUCACGCAUGCUUUGAGUGAUGAUGCAUUGGCCCAAGCUCUUAUGGAUAACAGUUCUCCAACCUUGGGACUUGAAAAUUUUGACGAGUGGACUAUCGAUCUGAGGAAACUCAAUAUGGGUGCACCUUUUGCGCAAGGGGCUUUUGGAAAGCUCUACAGAGGUACUUACAAUGGCGAGGAAGUUGCCAUCAAGAUCUUGGAGAGGCCAGAGAAUGAUCCAGAAAGGGCGCAGCUGAUGGAGCAGCAGUUUCAGCAAGAAGUCAUGAUGUUGGCCACAUUGAAGCAUCCUAAUAUUGUCCGAUUCAUUGGUGCAUGCCGUAAGCCAAUGGUCUGGUGCAUUGUUACAGAAUAUGCAAAAGGAGGUUCAGUUCGGCAGUUUUUGAUGAAACGGCACAAUAGGUCCGUUCCGUUGAAAUUGGCUGUUAGACAGGCCUUGGAUGUUGCUAAGGGAAUGGAGUACGUUCACGGGCUUGGUUUGAUCCACAGAGAUUUAAAAUCUGACAAUCUCCUAAUUUUUUCUGAUAAAUCAAUCAAGAUUGCUGAUUUUGGGGUUGCUCGAAUUGAGGUCCAGACCGAAGGAAUGACCCCCGAGACAGGGACUUACCGUUGGAUGGCCCCAGAGAUGAUCCAGCACAGGCCCUACACACAGAAAGUGGAUGUAUACAGUUUUGGCAUCGUCUUGUGGGAGCUAAUCACAGGAAUGCUUCCCUUCCAAAACAUGACGGCUGUGCAGGCAGCUUUUGCCGUGGUCAACAAAGGUGUCCGUCCAAUCAUCCCCACAGAUUGUCUACCGAUUCUCAGUGACAUCAUGACUAGAUGCUGGGAUGCCAACCCAGAUGUCAGGCCUCCUUUCACUGAAGUUGUGAGAAUGCUUGAGAAUGCAGAGACUGAAAUCCUGACCACUGUUCGCAAAGCUCGCUUCAGGUGUUGCAUGACCCAACCAAUGACUAUGGAUUGAUUUGAGUUCUCAGGAAAUAAGCCAUGGCGACACACAUGAUACAAGGUCUUGAAGAAGAAGAGGGAUUCUGACGAGAAAGUUCUAUUUAAAUCGUCUGCCUAGUGGGUUUCUUGUGAUAAGGGAAAAUCUAUUGACUAUAUCAGUGGAAAAACGUGAAUGUCGGGUAAUACUUGUUUUUUGGUUGUAGUCGAUGAAGGUGUUAAAUGUGUGUAUACUUGUGUUCUUUGCUUAUACGUCACCGUGACUGUUAAUUAUGCUGUGUACACUUGAUUGAGGAGUCUAUUUGACUUUUACUAGUGUCUC